GAGAUUUGAACUCUUAUGUUUUCAGGACAGUAGAAACUUCAUAUGAGGAAAAACACCAUGAGGCUUCUCUGUACUUCGCUUUCACUUACCGUGAUUUGCUGGGUACCUUACCUAGCUGAAGGUACCCUGUCAAAAACAGAUGCAAAGAAAGCUGCUACAAAAAAACUGGAAGAAAAGACGCUGCAUUCUGAUAAAAGUGUGCAGGACCGGGGACUGGUAGUUGUGGAUCCAAAGGCAAAGGAUAUUAUACUGGAACACAGAAGUUACUGCUCCAAGAAGAUGAAGCAAAGACGUUUCUCAGGAGAUGUUCUGGGCUAUAUUACUCCAUGGAACAGCCAUGGCUAUGACAUUGCUAAAAUGUUUGGAAACAAAUUUACACUAAUCUCACCAGUCUGGCUACAAGUGAAAAGGAGAGGGAAGGAAAGGUUCCAGUUCACUGGGCUCCAUGAUGCUGAUGAAGGCUGGAUGAAAGAUGUCAGAAAAACGUCCAAAAACAUCAGAAUAGUGCCUCGAAUUUUGUUUGAUGGCUGGACUUACCAGGAUUUCGAGAGUGUUUUUGGCAGUGAGGAUGAGAUCGAGGAGCUUUCCAAGAGCAUGGUUCUGCUAGCCAAGAAUGAAAAUUUUGAUGGUUUUGUAGUUGAAGUUUGGAGUCAGCUGGGAAGUCAAAAGCAAAGGUGA